UCAGAGCGACUGGCGGACGGAGGGACGGCGCACUCCAUCCUCCUGUUUAUCCGCUUGGAGCCUCGUCUUUCUCCCCCCACCCCUGUCUCCCACUCUCCUCUCUCUCUCUCUCUGUCUGACGCACCGCUGUGUUCAGCCCAUCCAGCACCGCUGCUGCUGCUGAGGCUGAGGUUGACUCCCCGUCUCCCCGGCGGAUUCUCCAUGUAUGGAUGCGCUGAGGGAAGUGAUGCUGUAGGUGAUCGAUAACAGAGAGAAGAUACAGUCCACCGAAUAUUCAAUAAGGAGUCACCAGAGGAUCCCGACGCCUUUUGAAUGGAUUCAUCCUGUGUGUUUGUGACGACUCGGAGUUACUGAGGUGCCUGGUGUGUGUCUGUAGCCAAACAGGUCUCCAGCUCUUCCACUGACACACGCACACAAGCCCACCUGAGAGAUGGCGGGGGCUUCGGUCAAGGUGGCGGUGAGGGUCCGACCCUUUAACUCCAGGGAGAUCGGAAAGGAGAGCAAAUGCAUCAUCCAGAUGUCAGGGAACACAACGACGAUCCUGAACCCGAAACAGCCAAAAGAAAACAAGAGCUUCAACUUUGACUAUUCAUACUGGUCACACACUACGCCUGAGGACCUCAACUAUGCGUCCCAGAUGCAGGUGUACAAGGACAUCGGAGAGGAGAUGCUGCUGCACGCCUUUGAAGGCUACAACGUGUGCAUAUUUGCAUACGGACAGACAGGAGCAGGGAAAAGCUACACCAUGAUGGGACGACAGGAAAAAGACCAGCAGGGUAUUAUACCUCUGCUGUGUGAGGACCUUUUCACAAAGAUCAAUGGCAUCAGUAAUGACAACAGCAUGUCUUACUCUGUGGAGGUAAGCUACAUGGAGAUCUACUGUGAGCGUGUGCGCGACCUGCUAAACCCCAAAAACAAAGGAAACCUGCGUGUGCGAGAGCACCCCCUGUUGGGACCUUAUGUGGAAGAUCUGUCCAAAUUGGCAGUGACCUCAUACAAUGACAUUCAGGACCUGAUGGAGUCUGGAAACAAGGCCAGGACUGUGGCUGCCACCAACAUGAAUGAGACCAGCAGUCGCUCUCAUGCUGUCUUCAACAUCAUCUUCACACAAAAGAAACAUGACAUGGAGACGGAAAACACUUCAGAAAAGGUCAGCAAGAUAAGUCUGGUAGACUUGGCCGGCAGUGAGAGGGCUGAUUCAACUGGAGCUAAAGGGACGCGACUGAAGGAAGGAGCCAACAUUAAUAAAUCUCUGACCACACUCGGAAAAGUAAUUUCUGCUUUAGCUGAACUGGACUCAGUGCCAAAUAAGAACAAGAAAAAGAAGAAAGUAGAGAGUUUUAUUCCCUACAGAGAUUCAGUUCUGACCUGGCUCCUCAGGGAGAAUUUAGGAGGAAACUCCCGCACAGCCAUGGUGGCGGCUCUCAGUCCUGCAGAUAUUAACUACGAUGAAACACUAAGUACCCUUCGGUAUGCUGAUCGUGCCAAACAGAUCCGCUGCAACGCUGUGAUCAACGAGGAUCCUAACAAUCGCCUGGUCCGCGAGCUGAAAGACGAGGUUGCUCGUCUCAAAGACCUGCUGUAUGCACAGGGCCUAGGAGACAUCAUCGAGAACCUGUGCGAUUACAAGAACUUUGUGAACAAUCACCAGGCUGUCAAUCAAAGGGGUGAUCUCUCCACAGUGACCAACGCCAUGACGGGAAUGAGUCCCUCCCCCUCGCUGUCCAUCCUGUCCAGCCGGGCCGGCUCCAUCAGCAACCUUCAUGACCGCAUCUUCAGCCCGGCCAGUGAGGAGGCGAUAGAGAGGCUCAAGGAAACAGAGAAAAUCAUUGCAGAGCUUAAUGAGACAUGGGAAGAGAAGCUGCGUCGUACUGAGGCCAUCCGCAUGGAGAGAGAGGCUCUGCUUGCUGAGAUGGGUGUUGCUAUGAGAGAAGAUGGAGGUACUGUUGGAGUCUUUUCUCCCAAGAAGACCCCUCAUCUGGUGAAUCUCAACGAGGACCCACUGAUGUCAGAGUGUCUGCUGUACUACAUCAAAGAUGGCAUUACCAAGGUUGGUCGCGAAAACGCCAAAACUCGACAAGACAUCGUUCUCAGCGGCCACUUCAUUAAAGAUGAGCACUGCACCUUUAGCAGCACCACUGGCCCGCAGGGAGAAGGAUGUGUCAUCCUUGAGCCAUGUGAGGGGACAGAGACAUACGUCAAUGGAAAGCGAGUGACCUCGCCCACCGUUUUGCGAUCUGGGAACCGCAUCAUAAUGGGUAAGAGCCACGUGUUUCGCUUCAACGACCCGGAGCAGGCUCGUCUGGAGCGGGAGAGGACGCCGUGUGCGGAGACUCCGGUGGAGCCUGUGGACUGGGCCUUCGCUCAGAGGGAGCUGCUCGAAAAACAAGGCAUCGACAUGAAGCAGGAGAUGGAGCAGAGGCUUCAGGAGCUUGAGGACCAAUACCGCAAAGAAAGAGAAGAAGCUAGUAACCUGCUUGAGCAGCAAAGGCUGGACUAUGAGAGUAAACUGGAAGCCCUACGGAAACAAGUAGACUCUCGGUACCUGGAAUCACCCGAAGAAGAGGAGGAGCCUGAGGAGGAAGUGCCGUGGACGAAGCGUGAAACUGAGCUGGCGCUCUGGGCUUUCAGAAAGUGGCGGUUCUACCAGUUCACCUCCCUCAGGGAUCUGCUCUGGGGCAAUGCCAUCUUCCUCAAAGAGGCAAAUGCUAUUAGUGUGGAACUGAAGAAAAAGGUGCAGUUCCAGUUCGUUCUGCUGACAGACACUCUUUACUCUCCGCUGCCUCCUGACCUGCUGCCUCCCAGCGUGGCUAAAGAACGAGAGAGACGACCUUUCCCUCGAACGAUAGUAGCCGUCGAAGUACAGGAUCAGAAGAAUGGAGCCACACAUUAUUGGACUCUGGAAAAGCUCAGGCAGAGGCUGGACCUGAUGAGAGAGAUGUAUGACCGAGCUGCAGAGCUGCCCAGCAGCGCGGUGGAGGACUGCGACCACGCCCUGACGGGAGGCGACCCCUUCUACGACCGCUUUCCUUGGUUCCGUCUGGUUGGCAGGGCUUUUGUGUACCUGAGUAACCUGCUGUAUCCGGUGCCUCUGGUGCACCGUGUGGCCAUUGUAAGCGAGAAGGGAGAGGUCAAAGGCUUCCUCAGAGUGGCUGUGCAGGCCAUAUCAGCUGAUGAGGAGGCCCCUGAUUAUGGAUCUGGAGUGAGGCAGUCAGGCACGGCCAAGAUCUCUUUUGAAGACAACCAAUUUGAGAAGUUUCAGAGUGAGUCGUGCCCUGGUGGUUUGUCACACUCCAACACCUCCCAGGAGGAGCUGAGAAUUGUGGAGGGUGAAGGACAAAACGUUGAGAUAGGAAUCUCGGCAGAUGAAGUCAACAACAACACCUGCGCAGCCACUCAUGAGGUUCCUCAGAGCCCUGUGAAGAGUUUAGCUCUUGGUCUGGACCUUCCUCUGGAGCUGUCUCCAGAAAACGCUCUGUCCCACUUGAAGAUCGGCAGCACUUUCACCUUCAGAGUCACCGUCCUUCAGGCCUCCAGCAUCUCAGCAGAAUACGCCGACAUUUUCUGCCAGUUUAACUUCAUCCAUCGUCACGAUGAAGCUUUUUCGACUGAGCCACUGAAGAACACCGGCAGAGGGCCUCCACUUGGAUUUUAUCAUGUACAAAAUAUCACGGUGGAAGUGACCAAGUCCUUCUUGGAGUACAUUAAAACUCAGCCCAUUGUAUUCGAGGUGUUCGGACACUAUCAGAAACAGCCUUUCCCUCCAUUAUGCAAAGAUUUGAUCAGUCCUCUGAGACCCUCCAGGAGGCAGUUUCCACGGGUGAUGCCGUUAUCCAAACCAGUGCCGGCCACAAAGCUCAGCACGCUGAAUCGUUCCACUGCUGGACCUUGUCAUGCCAAAUAUGACCUCAUGGUCUUCUUUGAGAUUUGUGAGCUAGAAGCUAAUGGAGACUACAUCCCAGCUGUUGUUGACCACAGAGGCGGGAUGCCGUGCCAUGGGACUUUCCUCUUACAUCAGGGCAUACAGAGAAGGAUCAGAGUUACCAUUGCUCAUGAAACAGGAAAUUAUAUUGAGUGGAAGGAGGUGAAGGAGCUGGUUAUUGGUCGUAUUCGUAACACACCAGAGGCUGACGAGACCAUCAUAGACCCCAACAUCCUAUCCCUCAACAUUCUCUCCUCUGGAUACUUCUGGCCAAAACAUGAUGACAACGUUUCAUUGGGAGUUGAUCAUAGAACUUUCUAUCGAUUUGAGGCAGCAUGGGACAGCUCCAUGCACAACUCUCUGCUUCUUAACAGGGUCACUCCAUACGGGGAGAAGAUCUACAUCACUCUCUCAGCUUAUCUGGAGAUGGAGAACUGCACUCAGCCAACAGUUAUCACCAAAGAUUUCUGUGUGGUGUUUUACUCCCGUGACACAAAGCUGCCUGCCUCCCGAUCCAUCAAGAACUUCUUCAGCACCGGCUGCCUCAGGCCCUCAGAGAGUAAUCGUGUCACCGGGGUUUAUGAGGUCACUCUCUGCCACAUUGCAGACAAUGGAAGUCCAGGGAUGCAGCGUCGUCGCAGGCGUGUGCUUGACACAUCUGUGGCCUACGUGCGAGGAGAGGAGAACCUGGCAGGAUGGAGACCCCGCAGCGACAGCCUCAUCCUCGACCACCAGUGGGAGCUUGAGAAGCUCAGCUUACUGCAGGAGGUGGAGAAGACAAGGCAUUAUCUCCUGCUGAGGGAAAAACUCGAGGCAACUCUGCAGGCAGGGCAGGACGCACUUUACAAGAGCAGCGACAUUUGUGACUUUGCAAAGAGUCCUGUCCUCAGCUGCAGCCCGAGCAGCAGCCCUGCUCCUGAGAGCCCCAACCAGAGGCAGAGGGAGCUGGCUGCUAAGUGUCUGCGCUUGCUGAUGCACACAUUCAACAGAGAGUACAGCCAGGUGAGCAGCAGUGCCAGUGAAAGCAAGCUCUCAGAAAUGUCAGUGGCACUCAUGAGGGACUCGUCCUCCUCUGGCCUGAGCACACUUACUCCCUCCUCUACUUGCCCCUCGUUGGUCGAUGGCCACUUUGACCUUCGGCUCAUUGAACCGAGCUCAAGAGCAUCGACACCAGACCUCGACCCGUACAGCCCAGUAGACAAAAAGAAAGCUCUAAGAGGAUACACCUUUGUUCCUGACAUACAGGAGAUUCGUGUCAGCCCCAUCGUGUCAAAGAAGGGCUACCUGCAUUUCCUUGAGCCCCACAGCAGUGGCUGGGUGAGGCGUUACGUGGUUGUGCGCAGGCCCUAUGUCUACCUGUACCGCAGUGAGAGGGACAGCGUGGAGAGGGCUGUCAUCAACCUGUCGUCUGCUAAGGUGGAAUACAGUGAGGACAAACAGACACUACUGCGGACCCCUAACACAUUUGCUGUGUGCACUGAGCAUCGUGGGAUACUGCUGCAGGCUGUCAACGACAAAGAGAUGCAUGACUGGCUGUAUGCUUUUAACCCUCUUUUAGCCGGCACCAUCAGGUCAAAGCUCUCCAGGAGAAAGUCAGUCCAGUCGCUCCCAGCAGCUCAGCGGAUCUAAGAGGUGAACCAGCCUUGAGGAAAAACAGCAAAACAACAAACAACAAAGUUCAUCUCAGCAUCCCGUUCUAAUAAACACAAACCUUAUAGCAAAUGUUUCCAUAGAUAUGAUGACCAGACCUGUCCCAAAAAUAUCUUGAUUGCUCAGUCAGACCCCUCCUUGGUCUGUUUUUUCAGUCAUCUCCUCCAGCCUUGCAUGGUGUGCUCCCUUUGACCUUUAGAAGAGUUUAUAAGGAAAACUAACCAUGCAUACCCAAUUAUUAACUUACUCCUGCUGGACUUGGGACUUGUUCUGAUUAGUUUUGAUGUACUUGUAGGAAUAUGUUAUCUGUAAGACUACCAGUUUCCUGUAAAAAGAUAUGUGGCCAGUUCCUCUUUUAUCAUUACUAAAAAUAGAUCCCGGUAGUAAACCAAGCAUUAACCAGUUAUUGCAUCAGGAAGGGAAAGCAUCAGACUGAAUUCUUCUCUGUGUAGACCAGUGUACAGUGUGGGGAUGAUAGCUUCAUAUACAUCAUACAUAUACUGUAAAAUACCUCAGUUUGGAUUCGCUUGAUGCAGCAUGAAAUUCUUCACUGCUGAAAAAUCAGAUGGCAAAGAGGAAAAACUGCUGUUUCUCAUUAUUUUAGCUCAAAAGUAGCACAAGAAAGGAUCUGUUAGGAUUAAGGGAUAUUCUUCCUGUGUGGUAUCAUUGAGUCGUUUCAUGAAAACUGGAUUCAUUGGCUCAACUAAGGCAAAAUAAUUCACUGUAAGGAGAGAUAACAUUUGUCUUUGCCUUGCUUUUGGUAUGUCUUUGUCUUUUUCAAGCAUUCGGUUUGAGGUUGCUAUUGUAAGUUUUCUUCACCGGUAUUUAUUUGUGACAAGACCAUUGACAGUUUUGUUGCAUGGCACUUUAUCGUCUUUAUUGAACUAAUGUAGGAUUUACUGUUUUAUUUUAACCAAAGCACCGUUCUGUGUCAUAUUCUAUUGUGCAUACGUGUCAGUGGGUAUGAAUAUUAUUUUAAAAUGCACUUUUUAUGUUGAGAAAUUCACUUUAAUUCUCUAAUGUUGAAAAUUAGAUUAACACUGAUGCUUGCAUAGUAAAUAGGAAACCAGAAAAGAAUGGUCAUAUCACUGAGAAAAGUGGAAAACAAACAUUAUCACAGGCUAACCUUUAUAAAAUGGGUUUUGCCACCUGUGAAGAUCAGUAAACAACAUAGAUUUUCACACUGUUUAAGUUUGUUUUCCAAGCUCAUUAUGUUUUUCCUAAAACUUUAUAUUUCUGGGAAAAAAUAACGAAUCAGUCUGCCCUUUCACUUGGGUGAGUUCACAUGCUGAUGCCUACACAGGUUCCCUUUUAUAGGAACACUGACCUCCUGAAUGAUUUCCAGUUUUUAUUUUACCCCCAAAUAAAUAAAUCGCUAAAUGAAAACAAAGUAAAGCAUUUAUUGUGUCAGUUGUAGUUGCAACACAGACUAAACGGGCAUAUUUGGUGUAAAAUCAUGGACCUUUAAUUGGUUUCCGGGUGCAUUGCACCAUAUAGUGCCUCCUUUUCUUCAACCCAUUUUCUCUACUUCCUCCUGCAUAACCUAAUAUAGCAACGCUAAAGCUUAUUACAAGUGAUCAAAGUCAAGCUUUUAUAUAGAUUAUCAUUAUCGCUUUUAUUUUGUCUUUCUUUGAUUAUUUAUGUCAAUAUUUUGGGGGUGCAUAUAAUCAAAGAACCUCUAAGCUCUGUAAAAGCUGUCAAUGUUGCCUUUAUAAGCAGAUUCAUUAUCUUUUGAACCACAUUGUAGUUAAAAUAUCUUUAAUCUAAUGUAGGUGGAGGCUUGUGGCAGAAUGUGGGGAAGUAUGAUUAGCUGUAGCUAUGAAUUUCAGGUCCAGCGAUUCUUUAUUGUUGGUGUUACCUUCCUGCUUUGUACCAAGAUGGCUCAAAAUAUUGCUUUGAAUGUGUCAGUGAAGGAUAAAAUUAAGUGUAAAGAAAGGAUAAUAACAUUGAAAGUAAUAGUUGGGCAUAAAGCAUCUGGCCAGCCAGCCAGUCUGCCACUUCAGUGUAGUUCUUGCUUUUCUUUUGUCCUGUCAGAAGCAGAUUGUGGGCAAACGUGACUUAAAGUCAGUAAACAUUUGCCACAGGCCAGACAACCUGUUGAGCAAUGCUGCCUAACGCUGUGAAAGUCUAAGUCUGCCUGGUCGUGUUUUACAAUAUUAUAUCAUGCCACUGUACAAACAUUCUGUCUGGCAUUUUAUUUUUUGACAUCAUGGUAUAACUACUUGUAUGUUUUUCUGUGUUAUCUGCUGAGAGAUGAAAUUGGUGUGAAAUUUUAUUUAAUAAACAUAGGAUGUUCUGUAUAGCUAUUUUGCACUUCUGCACAAUGCAUCUUUAUUGAUUUACUGUUAUUUCUCGGUUGAACUGAAAAUGAUUAAACCUCUUUUGCUUCCAUAGACAAAGCUCCACCACAGCUGAAUCAAGCAUUUAUUUUCCAAGCAGGCAGCUUGCAUUUAUUCUAGUCCAAAUAGUUCAAGAGUUUCAUGUUAAAGUCCUGAGACGGACAGUUAUUAAAUGGAAAGAGUUGAUUCUUUAUCUGGCUUGGUUUAUCUGUCAUAGUUGUGGAUCAAAGCAUGCUGGUCCUCUUUUCUUCAUUAAAUCCUGUCCUUCUCUCCUGCCUUACAGCUUGCUAAUGACAACAGCUUUCCACUCCUGAAGUGCUGCUUGUAAAGUAUCGUCAUUCAUGAUCCUUGUAACAAUUAAAUGGGAACCUUCCUCUUGGCUCUGUCUUGUAUAUAAAUAGAGAUUUCCUUGUUGGGUCUCAUCACACAGAUGCUAUUAACUCUGUUUUUCUCUGUGUAUCAUGAUGGAAAAAACUGGUCUCCUGCUUUGUCAAGUGUCCCAGCAGAGUGAGAAAUACUGAUCAGGGAUCUGUUUUGCACCUGUUAGCUCAGUGUGGAUGAGGUCUUCAUGUUGAAACUGGGAGGUUGGUCCAAGAUUUGUGCUCUUGCUCGGAUUCACUUAAAAGAAGCAGAGACGGGUCUCAGCCUAAACACAGUGCUCACAUUUAUCUUUUAAGUGUUCUGAAGUUCUCUCUCAUGUCUGUGAACACAUAACAGCAAUUGUCAACUAAAUAAAAUAAGGCAAACAAAUAAAUGAGUGUUGAAACUUA